UCAGAGAAAGAGAAAAAGCCAUAGAGACGUUAGCAUUCUAUGUGGCAACACAACAGAACCAUUUUUUCAAACUUUGAAAAUUCAAAAUCAAUUCAAAUUCAUCUCAAACAAAAACAUAGUGCGUGUUUGUGUCUUCAUCGUCAUCACAAUCCUAUGUUAUGUUCUUUUUCCGUUGAGUAGUCACAAACAACACCAUUUCACCUUUUCGAAUUCAAAACUUUCCAAACCUGUUUUUUUUACUCAAAGAUGGAAACUUUAUCUCUAAACAGUGAAGAUUCUCACAAGAAAAAAGAUGGGUCUCGUUGUUGUGUCACUGAUUCAAGUGCUGAGUCGAGAAAAACUAGUUUCAGUGGAUCUAGUUCUACUUCUACCUCUUCAGUUUCUACUUCUACUUCAGAUGAAGCUAAAGCAAAAGGGUUUUCUUCUCCUGCUCCUCUUGGUUGGCCUAUUCUCAAAGCUACACUUUCCAAUUCAAAGCGUUUGAAUUCUGAUGAAAAACAUAAACCCAACUUGGAGUUGGAUCACAGGAAAUUUACCUCUAUUGGUUUAAAAAUCCCAGAUGUUGAUAUGAUGAAGGAGAGGUUUGCAAAAUUGUUGCUUGGUGAAGAUAUGUCAGGUUCAGGAAAAGGGGUUUGCACUGCUUUGGCAAUCUCUAAUGCCAUUACUAAUCUUUGUGCUACUGCAUUUGGGCAACUAUGGAGACUAGAACCACUACCUUGUGAGAAGAAAGAAAUGUGGCAGAGAGAGAUGGAAUGGCUUGUUAGCAUUAGUGAUCACAUUGUUGAAUUAAUACCUUCUUGGCAAACAUUUCCUGAUGGAAAGAAACUCGAGGUAAUGACUUGCAGGCCUAGGACAGAUAUUUGUAUCAAUCUUCCAGCCCUUCGCAAACUCGAUAACAUGCUACUCGAAAUAUUAGACAGUUUCACAGCUACAGAAUUUUGGUAUGUUGAUCAAGGAAUUGUAACCGCUGACGCAGAUGGUUCAGCCUCUUUUCGCAAGUCAAUUCAGCGGCAAGAAGAGAAGUGGUGGCUCCCGGUACCCCGUGUCCCCCCUGCAGGUCUCAGUGAGAACUCGAGAAAGAAGUUGAAUCACUCUCGAGAAAGUGCUAGUCAAAUUCUCAAAGCAGCCAUGUCUAUCAACAGCAUUGCUUUGGCCGAAAUGGAAGUUCCUGAGUCAUAUUUGGAAACCCUCCCUAAGAAUGGAAGAGCUUGCCUCGGAGAUUUUAUUUACCGAUACAUCACAUCAGAUCAAUUCUCCUCAGAGUGCUUACUUGAUUGCUUAGACAUAUCUUCUGAACAUAUUGCACUCGAGAUUGCCAACCGCGUUGAAGCUGCAUUUUAUGUAUGGCGUCGAAGAGCUCACCACAAAUCAACGCCUAUUCCGAAUCGUUCAACUACAAAGUCAUCAUGGGGGAUAGUCAAGGACUUCAUGCUUGAUGGAGACAAGAGAGAAUUGCUAGCUAAUAGAGCAGAAAACAUUCUGAAUUCCUUGAAGCAUAGGUUCCCAGGAUUAACACAAACAACCUUGGAUACCACCAAGAUCCAAUGCAACAAGGAUGUUGGAAAAUCUAUUCUAGAAAGCUACUCUAGAGUUUUGGAGAGCAUGGCUUUUAACAUUGUAUCACGCAUCGAUGAUUUGCUAUACGUCGAUGACUUGACAAAACAUUCAGAUAAUUUUGCAUUGGUUCCUCAUACAACAACAAAUAUGGUUUCUCAUCAGAAGAUUUCACAUCCAUUUUCGGUGUCUGUCUCCGGCACUCCACACAAAGCAGCAUUUUGCACACCUAAAUUGUCACCCAUGCCAUUGAUUAGUCCUUCAAAAGGGGAGAGAACUCCUUUCCUCCACAACAAUAACAACACCAACAACAACGUCAACAACAUCAAACCUCAACGCCGCGGAUUUGGCGUGAGAAGAGCAUUGUCAAAUUAUCUCGGCGUUGAAACGAAAACAAAGACAUGUACCAAUUCAACUGAGGUCAACUGUUCAAACCCAUGUAGCAAGAAAACUGAACAACCUCAUAAGGAAACAUGCGCCCUGAAAAACCAGACAAAAUGAAGCACAGCACAGGCAGUUUACAAAUUGGGUUGAGUACAACAAAGUCCUGUAACAUUUAUUAAUUUUUAUUCCCUCUUCAUUUGUACCAUUAACAAAUAGUAUUUUGUUUGAUAGUAGUGUAGAAUUCAAAUUCGUAGUUUGAAAUCACGUUGAAAUAGUUACUACUAGUGAAAUCUGUAGCAGUUGGUAUUUAUAUUUUUGAAUUCAAAUAUGUUUGAAAUCAUGUUCAAAUGAUAUUUCAGCAAUUAAUUCAAUGAAAACGAACCCUUUUGGACCGAA